AUGUUAAAAUCGAUUAUUAAAAAACCUUCUCCAAUUAUUUUUACUGGAGUAAAACAAAAUUUUUUUCGUAGCUUAACUUCAAUUGUACCGCCAAUUGCCGAGGACACCAUUUAUACUGUCACAUUGAUCCCAGGAGAUGGUAUCGGGCCAGAGAUUGCAGAAUCAGUUAAAACAGUAUUCAAAGAGGCCGAAGUUCCAAUUGAAUGGGAACAAUAUAAUGUUACUGGAUAUACUGAAGAUAGCGAUUUGUUAUUUCAACAAAGUAUGGAGAGUUUAAGAAGAAAUAAAGUUGCAUUAAAAGUAAUUUAUACACCCACAAAAAAAGACGAUCAUCCAUCUUUUAAUGUUGCGAUGCGUAAAGAUUUAGACAUUUAUGCAUCAUUGGUAUUAAUAAAAAAUAUUAAAGGAUAUCCAACACGUCACAAAGAUGUAGAUUUUGUUAUUAUUCGUGAGAAUACUGAGGGAGAAUAUGCAGGGUUAGAACAUCAGUCAUAUCCUGGAGUAAUAGAAUCAUUGAAAAUUACAACCAAAGAAAAAACAGAACGAAUUGCACGAUUUGCAUUUGAUUUUGCACUUAAAAAUGGACGCAAAAGACCCAUUUACAUUUUGUAUUUAUAUAGGAAACUUGGAGAUGGAUUAUUUUUAAAUACAUGUCGUAAAAUUGCAGAAGAUUAUAAACCAUUGGGAAUUGAAUUUAAUGAUAUGAUAGUUGAUAACUGUUCUAUGCAACUUGUAUCCAAACCACAACAAUUUGACGUUAUGGUAAUGCCUAAUUUGUAUGGAGCAAUUGUAAGCAACAUUGGUGCAGCAUUGGUUGGUGGACCGGGAGUUGUUCCAGGUGCAAAUAUAGGUAAAGAAUAUGCAUUAUUUGAGCCGGGUGCACGUCAUGUCGGUAGAGAUAUUCAAGGAGAUAAUAAAGCCAACCCAACAGCAUUUAUUCUUUCAGGAGUAUUGUUGUUAAGACAUUUAGGACUUGAUGAUGAUGCUAAUAGAAUUUAUAAUGCAGUAAUUAAAGCAAUACUACAUGGAUCGGCCAAAACUCGUGAUAUGGGUGGCAAUUCGACAACAACAGAAUUUACACGUGAAGUUAUUUCUAAUUUGUAG